UAUUUUUGAUGCUAUGAUUUAUGUAUUAUAAGGAAAGUAUUAUGAAACGAAGCCAUGAUGAAACUGACGUAUUUGGAGGACGCAGACCUGGGCCACCUGGUAUUCCAACACCUGGCCUUCCUGCACAUGCAGCUCCAUAUCCCCAUGUAUUAGCUCCACCUGGACAGUUGGCACAUAGUUUUGAGCAAAUGAGAGAUACUUUACCAAGACCACCAUUUUCCACCUCACAUCUUAGUGGACCUGCUCCGCCUAAUCCACCACCCGUUGCUCCUAGCCAUUUGCCACCUUCACAACCUGCAGUACAUUCUACAAAGCAAAAUUACCAAACACACAUUCAAACUCCAAACCCAGCACAUGCUCCAACACCUGGUCAACAGCAGUACCAACGCUUAAAGGUUGAGGAUGCUUUAUCCUACUUAGAUCAAGUUAAGCUUCAGUUUGGAAACCAACCUCAAGUGUACAAUGAGUUUCUUGAUAUAAUGAAAGAGUUCAAGUCUCAGACUAUUGACACUCCUGGAGUAAUUAGUCGUGUGUCAGCUUUGUUUAAAGGACAUCCAGAUCUAAUAGUUGGCUUCAAUACAUUUUUGCCACCGGGCUACAAAAUUGAAGUAAGUUUGACAGAUAUAAACACAGUCAAUGUGUGUGCACCCACUGGCACAACAACACACCUGAUUUCUGGUAAUGGUUUGAUCGCUGCUCCAACCCAACCCAAUCUAAAUAAAACUCCUUCAGCUCCAGCAGCAGCAAGUGGUACAAGUUUGCCCACUACAAUACCACCAACCUCAUCACCCUCAACCACUGUUUCAAAGUCACCAACAAGACCAACAUCUUUACCAGCAAAGCCAUUAUCUCCCACUGCGCAAGCAUUACCGGCUUUAUCAUUACCUUCUCCUGGUGUUCAGUCACAGACACAGGCUCAACAUCAUGCCAUCAACUAUGUUACUAAGAUUAAAAACAGAUUCCAGGGACAGCCAGAGGUCUAUCAAAAGUUCUUAGAUAUCUUAAAUAAUUACCAGACCGAACAAAAAGCUAUAAAGGAAAACGCAGUGGACCAGUUUGGAAGAUCACUGCAAGAGCAAGAGGUGUAUGACCGGGAGGGAAAAUUAGCUUCUGAAGUGUAUCAACAAGUUGCUAAACUUUUCAAUAAACAAGAAGAUCUGUUGCAAGAAUUUAGUCAGUUUCUUCCGGACGCAACUGGCUCGUCAUUCAAUGCUUCAGCUGCUGUAUCACUCAGCAAUGCUGUAUCUUCGUACCAGCCACUUUCUAAAAAGUCUACCCCACUUUCUGGCAAUUCCAGCAAACCAGCAUCUAAUAAAAACAAAAAGUCUUUGCCUUCUUCUUUGUCCAAUACAAACUCUGUCAAGGUCGAAUCGAUGGAUGUUGAUGUGAAGGAAAAUGGAGAUAAACAUGGGAAGAAGCGACACAAGUCAGCAUUGAAAGACGUAUCAUUGGCUGAAGCUGUCAAGCAUGGAAAUCUAAGUGAAUUCGCGUUUUUCGAGAAAGUUCGAAAAGCUUUAAAAAGUCCAGAUGUGUAUGAAAAUUUUCUACGCUGUCUUGUUUUAUUUAAUCAAGAGGUAAUUUCACGACCAGAACUCGUUCAGCUGGCAACCACUUUCCUUGGUAAAUUCCCAGACCUUUUCACCUGGUUUAAGAUGUUCCUAGGAUACAAGGAUAAUCAACAAACAGAAACCAACAUAUCUGGUUUUAAGGAUCGUGGCACAGGCGGAGAAUUAGCACAUUUAGAAAUUGAUUUCGCAUCUUGUAAACGCAGCGGUGCAAGCUAUAGAGCUUUGCCAAAAAGUUACACACAACCGAAAUGUUCAGGGCGCACAGUUCUUUGCAAAGAACUGCUCAAUGACACGUGGGUUUCCUUACCGUCUUGGUCUGAAGACACCCAGUUCCCAGGCACUCGAAAGACGCAAUAUGAGGAGCAUAUCUACAAAUGCGAAGAUGAAAGGUUUGAGCUAGAUGUGGUGAUAGAGAUGAACCUGACGACGAUCAAAGUUUUGGAAGGUGUCCAGAAGAAAUUAUCACGAAUGAGUUCUGAUGAGCAACAGAAAUUUCGAUUGGAUAACAGUCUUGGGGGAACUUCAGAUGCCAUCCACAGAAAGGCCAUUUACAGGAUUUAUGGAGACAAAUCACCUGAGAUAAUCGAUGGUUUGAAGAAGACACCCCACGUGGCCAUACCUCUUGUGUUAAAACGUUUGAAACAGAAAGAUGAAGAGUGGAGAAUUGCGCAGAAGCAAUUUAAUAAAAUAUGGAGAGAUCAGAAUGAGAAAUACUACUUAAAGUCUUUGGAUCAUCAAGGCAUCAAUUUCAAACAAAAUGACUUGAAGGCUAUACGAUCAAAAUCACUUAUUAGAGACAUCGAGCAAAUAUUUGAAGAGAGAUCCGACCAAAUGGACGACGUAAAUGCAGAGGCCUCUGGUCCGCAUAUUACAUGCACAUAUCAGGACCAAUCAGCUCUCGAGGAUGCUUCAGCAUUGAUCAUCCAUCACAUGAAGAGGCAAGCAGGAAUACACAAGGAUGACAAGACCAAAAUCAAAACUAUCCUGCUUCAAUUUCUUCAAGAGUUGUUUUUUGCGCCACGAGGUGAGCUCAGUGACGAUGAGCAGGAAGUAGACGAGAUGUCGAAAAAAGACGAGAAAACAGCCACAACGAAUGAUGUCAGUAUGACAGAUGUUGACGAUGUGUAUAACAUGAUUUUUGUGAACAACACUUGGUAUACCAUCUUGAGAUUGCAUCAAAUGCUUUGUGAACGUCUCUUGAAGAUGUAUAAAUUAGCAAUGAAGAUGGCUAAGUUUGAUGCUCGCGACAAAAAAUAUCGACGGGAAGGUACUGCUGAAGCCUUACGCUUGAAAAAGGCCGGCUUGACAGACGUAGAAGAAUAUUAUCCCACAUUUCUUGAAAUGGUCAAAAAUUUAUUAGACGGUCAACUUGAUCCGAAUGGAUACGAGGAUACGUUACGUGAAACAUUCGGUGUAAAUGCUUAUGUGUCUUUCACUAUGGAUAAACUCAUUCAAAACAUUGUGAGACAGCUUCAUAACUUAGUCACUGAUGACGUCAGCUUAAAGAUAAUGGAGUUUUAUAAAGAGGAAAAACUGAAUGAGGCUACUGGUGGUGCGGCUGUUACUGCAACUGCUCGUGCUGGCGCAGAACUUGCUUACCAGAAGAGAAUUGAAAGCUUAUUGUUGGAUGAAAACUGUUUUAAAGCUUGUGUUUAUAAAGACAAAGGUGUUUGCAAAAUGAGCAUUGAACUCUUACCAAGUGAAGAUGAUCAAUCUGAAGACCAAGCAGAAGCUGAGAAGUGGUCUGAAUAUGUGGAGAAGUAUGUAGGCAAUACGGAAAUCAUGCCAGAACUAAAAGAACAUUUAUGCAAAAAGCCAAUCUUUUUGUUGAGAAACGCUCGAAUGUUACAAAAACGCAUUUCUGAACAAGAAACUGAAGGAAAGAAAGCCGCUGAAAGUAAAGAAGAUGCAAAAGAAACGGUUAAAGAUGAACCUUGUGAGAACAAACAAGAUGAAAAAGAGGCGCAGCUGUUCCCUAACGUGUACAUGUUAAACGGAUUGGAAUGCAAGAUCAGUUUAAACUCCUACAAAAUGCGUUAUGUUUCUGGAACAAGUGAUUUCAUGUACAGGAGAAAUGCUAUUGGAAGAGCAAAGGAGUCCCAUCCUAAAAUCAAUGUUCAACUUCACGCAGCUUAUUCGAAUGUGCAUUCUGCUUGGCUGCUCGAAAAUACAACAAGAGAUCAAUGUAGACAAACAGAGGAAUGGUUAAAUGGAAAGUCUGACGUAGAAGAAAUGUUGCCUUGCCUGACUACAAAGGCUUCGAGUGAGAAUGGUGGUAUCAGUGUUAAUAAAUACUCAGUGGUGUACACAAAAGAUUUUAAACAAGGACUUGCGGCUACUAUAAACACUGCAACUAAAACAACAUCCACAGUAACAACCUGAACGACUUCCUUUGAACGCUGUUUUUAUCAUAUUUCCGCAUGGAUGAAGAAGAGGGACAGUGAAAGUACAUGUAUUUAAUUUCUUAGGUAUAUUUUAACAUACUGAGUUGAACUUAUAUUUUGUAUAUAUAUAAAACUUGAAGAAAGAGUAAAACAA